AAUUUAGAACCACGGGUUCUGAAUUGCUUGGAACUUGAAUUGCUUGGUUCCUAAUUGACCCCAAAAAAAAAAAGAAUUGGUUGGUUCCUUCAUCACAAUUACGAGUAGUUUUUCUGCUUCCGGUCAAGCCGUGUAUCAGCGGUCAAUGGUCAACAUCAUCGACGUUAAAAAGCCGCCGAGAAAGCAAGGUCGUUCAACAUUAGUAUUAAAACUCUUCCCUCUUUGUGAACCAUUCCAUCUGGCUUUUAACGACGUUAAUUUCCGUAUAUCAUUAUCCAUCUAGAGUGUUAGUUAAGGUUUACCGUUACUACCAUGGAUUUCCAGAAUCGAAGGGUUCGGUUGCUCGUAAUUGUUGCCGCCGUCAUUGUUCUUAGUAUCACAGCUGAAAAAUGCAGGGAGCUUGUCGGUGAGGAGGGGUCAUCCCAAAGUGGAAAAUUCACAAUCUUGAACUGCUUUGAUAUGGGCUCUGGAACUUUGGCAUGUGCUGUAAAGGAAGGCGUCAAGCUCUAUUUUUACAAUAUUAGAUCUUCUCACGUUGAAAAAGCAAGGCAACGAGCGAUCGAGACUGCUCUUGUUGACGCUGUUAGUCAGGGGAUGUCUCCAACAGAUUCAGCAAAAUACGCACAGAAAGAAAGUAAAAAGGCAGCAAAAUUGGCCUCCCGUCAAGCCAAGCGGAUUAUAGGCCCCAUCAUAUCUUCUGGAUGGGACUUUUUCGAAGCUAUUUACUAUGGUGGUACAGUCACGGAAGGGUUCCUUAGGGGUACUGGUACUUUGUUUGGUGCGUACGGGGGAGGAUUCGUCGGGGAGCAAAGCCUUGGCAGAAUUGGCUAUCUUGUUGGAAGUCACAUGGGCAGUUGGGUUGGUGGCAGAAUUGGAUUAAUGGUUUACGACGUGGUUAAUGGAGUGCAUUUGUUGUUGCAAUUCGUUCAAACAGGCGAAAUUGAAGUUCAGAAAACAUCAGUUGAUGAAGCUUCGGAUGCUCUAGAAACUUCCUUUGAUGGUGAAGUUCCUACUUAUGACAGCUCUGAAAGUUCCAAUCUAUAUGAAUCAUCUCCCAGCGAAGAAUCCAAUGCGUAUGAAUCUACUGAAUAUCAGAGCUAUGAAACAUAUGACAAUUCUGAACUGAGAUGAAAAUUUGAAGUUCAUUUAUUGAUAUUUGUGCAAAAAAUUUAGGUGGAUAACAUGUGUUUUUUUCCCUUUCAAUUUCAUUGUCUCUGCUUCAACAUAGUUGUAUAAAUUUAACUAUUUUUUACAUACAUGCACAUUCAACUGUAUUACAUUUUAUCUUCUGAGCGUUGCACAUGUUGUAUUUUGAUGCAAUCUAUUCUUGGUCAACAAUGGGAGCUGUUGUCAUGUGAACCCAAAAUGAAGCAAUGAGACAGAAAUGAAAAUAAGAGAUAACAAUGGAUGAAUUGUAGUAUUUUAUUGGAACAAGACUCCCAACUCCCCACAGAGCUAGACUCCUUUCAGAGAAAUACACUCUGCCCAAAACACCUUCCCUCUCCACUUCAGUAGUGAUCCUCUCCAUUUCUUAAAAUAAAUGGACAUCACUGUUAAUAUGAUUUUAGUGUAUAGAUAUCUAAUUAAUAUCACAUAUUUUAUGAAUGUGUGGUUGAAUUUA